AUGGAACCUACAUGCGCUGGACUGUGGGAGGGCUUUCAAAAAGACCCGAUCUUGAAAGGACACAUCUGUUCUGACAGAGAGAGGGACGUACUGGAUGCAGAAGGAACAAGACUCUGCAAUCAACACCGAUCAAAUUGCAUCAAAAGAAGACAUAAGAUUAAACCAACCAUUCAGACUUCGUCGUCCUCUGCUUUUGUCAGCCCUACAGAAGAUGAAAGCACAGAACUGGUGGACUGGCUAACGCGUUAUGGCUAUCUUCCUCCUCCUGAUCCCUCAACCGGGCAGCUCCAGGCUUGGACAGCCGUCACCCAGGCCUUAAGAACCAUGCAAAAUUUUGCCGGCCUCAAUGUAACAGGAGCUGUAGAUAAGGACACACUAGACUUGAUGCGCCAACCGCGAUGCUCCCUUCCAGAUGAGGAUAAGGAACAGGAUCCCCUGCAUGCAGGCAGACGCCGGGAGAGACGGGGGGCUGCCUGGACAUACAGAAACAUCAACUGGAGGUUGCGGUCAUAUCCCACUCCCUCUGCUCUUUCCCGUGAGACAAUUCGCUCCCUGGUGUUCUAUGCCCUUAAGGUCUGGGCGGAGCCAAUUCCACUGGAAUUCCAUGAGGUGGGCAGCCCAGUCGGAGCUGACUUACUGGUGGAUUUCCUGCACGGCUCGCACGGCGAUGGGUUUUCCUUUGAUGGGCCGGGGGGGUCUGUGGGCCAUGCUUUCUUUCCAUCUGAUCCUGUCAGAGCUGGCGCAGUUCACUUGGACUCGCAGGAAGACUGGGCUUUCAGGCAACCUCCCUCUGAGGGUAUUGAUCUCUUCACAGUGCUGGUGCAUGAGUUUGGUCACGCCCUAGGAUUGUCCCACUCUUCCUCGAAGCGGUCUGUCAUGAGACCAUAUUACCAGGGCUCACUGGGGGAUCCCCUGUACUUCACCCUCAGCUCCCUGGACAAGGAGCAGAUCACUAAACUAUAUGGUAACCGAGAUAAUAAUCUGGCCAUAGAUUCAACUGAUACAGCCUUACAGCCUCACUUCAGACGCAGGGAAUAUAUUACUGAACAACAAAGAAAUACUGUUGAUCGCUGCUCAACCAGCUUCGAUGCAGUGGCCAAAAUUAGAGGGGAGACCUUUUUUUUUAAAGGUCUCAGUAUGUGGAGGGUCAGCCGAGGAGGGCUGGUAUCCGGGAAACCCGCCAUCCUCCGGCAGAUGUGGAGGGGUCUUCCCCCCAGCCUGACCUCUCUCCAGGCAGUCUUAGAGAGACAGUCAGACCACGGAAUUGUCUUCAUUAGUGGCCCCCAGUAUUGGUUGUUUAAGGGUCUCUCCCUCCAAGAAGGGUACCCGCGACCUCUGUCUGAUUUAGGCGCUGGAGGACAGGAGGUUGAGCAAGGGCUGGUAUGGGACAUGGAAAAGGGUGCAGUUUGGGGGAAUAGAGAAGCAGAAAACAAUAGAGAAGAAAAUGGAGACAUCUGGAAAGAACUCCUAAGAAAAGGUGUGGAUGGAAUCACCACAGAUGAAGAUGGCUCCAUACACAUUUUUAGAGGCCAAUUGUACUGGAAGUUUUCCUUUCCGGGAUCCUCCCCCGCAGCAGGAUUUCCACGCUCCCUGGCCGCGGAUUGGCUCGAUUGUCCUCAGCCUUUUUCAUCUGCUCCUGGAAGCCUCUCUUUUUCACAAGCCACCGGUAAAGAGGGGUUUCACGGAACUGAGAGGGCCGGGGAAGUGGACGAGGAGGACAGAAGGCAUUCUGGCAAGUAUGGGAAAAAGACAGGAGGCAACGGUGUACUAGAGCAAUGGGCUUGUCCUUGUCUAAACAGUGGGGUGCCAGAGGUUGACCUGAUGUGGCGCAAAAUUUCAUUGCUAUUACCUCUGCUUUUGCCAUAUUUUCUGACUGCAGCAUCUAUCUAAAAGGUCUACGGGGCAUGUCAAUCUUUGAAGGACAAAUACCAAGCUAACACUGAGAUUGUAUGAUACUGGAAAAAAGAUAAAUGAUAGUCUAAAUAAUAGAAAGUAAUUGUAUUUCAUCUUUGAAUGCAAUUUGCAUGAUGAAUGCAGUAUUUGCUUUUGUAAAUACUUAAACAUUUCUUUAAAAAAAUGUAGUGUUUGAUCAUAAGCUAGGAGUUGUGGAAAUGUUCAAUUCAUAUUUUAUUAAAUGUUUUAUUUUAAAAAUAUCAAAGAAAUAAUAGUAAUUGAACUCAUCAUUUAAAAUGCUUUUAAUUUUCAUGACAAUAUGAACACGGACCAUGAUGAUUUAAAUUAUAAUAAAAUUAGUAAUAAAAACAAAGCAAAUAAGAAAUCAUUCACCUUUAAAUUAAUUCAGAUGAUUUUUGCAAUAAAUAAUUUUAAAAAUCUUUAGAAGUUAACAUAGAUAGGAGCAAAAUUACAUAAACUAUGCCAUUUAAACUACAAUUAAAUGUG